AUGACCUUGAGUGGUUGUGGUAGUCUGGUCCUCCAGGUUGGGGAUUAUGCGUAGGGCUAACAACCCUGCCAUGUGAAAUCAACCUUGUUCAGGAUACAACAAUAAACUUGCCUCGGAUAUGUGGAGCUUUGGAGAACAAGACUGGAAAACGGAAACCUGGCUUAUCUUUUGGAACUUGGAACGUUCGCACACUUUUCAAACCGGGAGCAGCACAAUGCUUAGUCAAAGAAAUCAGGAGAUAUAAUUUAGGAGUGGUAGCCUUGCAGGAGAUUAGGUGGAAUGACAAAGGUACCUUGGAUCUUCAAGACAGGACUAUAUUCUACGGAGAAUGUAAUGAUCGAAGACAAUUUGGAACGGGUUUUGCUAUACACAAAAGUAUAGUUCCUUUGGUAACAGAAUUUAAAAGUACUAACCCUAGGAUAUCAACAUUGAAGAUUAAAGGGAAAUUUUUUGAUAUCACUUUCCUGAAUGGACAUGCACCUACGGAGGAAAAAACGCAAGAGGAAAAGAACGAAUUCUACAAUAACUUGGAACACACGCUAAACGAAAUACCACGAAAUAGAAUUAGAAUAGUCCUAGGCGACUUCAAUACCAAGUUAGGGAAGAAGAACAUAUUUCGGUCAUCGAUUGGUAUCCAUAGCCUUCACGAUGUAACUAGUGAGAAUGGACUCAGGCUUAUAGAUGUUGCAAAUGAUGGAGGACUUAUUGUAAAGACCACGAUGUUCCCACGUAAAGAUAUUUAUAAGGGUACAUGGAAGGCACCAAAUGGUAGAUAUGUCAGUCAGAUAGAACAUGUCCUGAUAAAUACUAGGUUCAAAAACUGCGUACAUGAUGUUAAAACUGUAAGAGGUGCUGACUGUGAUUCAGACCACUACCUAGUUAAAGGAAAGCUGAAAGUAAAACUCAAGAAACUAAUCCAUAGUAGAGGAACGUAA